AAAAAAACAAAAUUAAAAGUUUCUUUCGCCAUUUUUUCUUAAAAACGAUAAUGAUAUAAUUAAAUUAUUUUCUAAACUACGAAAUAAUUGACCAAUAUUUUAGGAAUAAUUUAUCUCAAAUUAUUAUUUAAAAACAGAUUUAAGAUAGAAAUUAAAACGAAAUUGUUACUAUGAAAAUGAGUGACGACAUCUGUACGAAUUGAACAAAGUUGAAAGAAAGAAAAAUACAAGAGAUUCAGGAAUUUUUAUAUUUUUUUUUGUUCAAUUGCAAAAUGACUCAUCAACAUCCAAAACUAAUUUGAAGAGGAUAAUAACGUAAAGAAUUUUAAAAAUCGAAAUAGUUUCUGAGAAAAGAAAUUAAUGACUAAAUUACGUUUACAUUAACGUUGAUAGUGAUUAAAUAUAUGGAAAAAAUUCUAAAACAUAAUAUGCAUUUAUACAAAAAUACGACUGAUUUAUUGUUGAAGGCUCAACCAAUUUUUUGCGAUUGAGGAGAUAAAGCUGCAAAAAUCUUGAAUAUUAUAAAUAUAGUUAGUUUAAAUGAAUAGCUUUUCGAAAUGAUGAAUGAGUCUACUUUUGUAUUUUUUAGUAUAGUCAGUAAAAUAAAUGAAAAUUGAAUAAUUGUAAGUUUGCCCAAGAUUAAAAUCGCAUACUUUACAUUAUAAAAUACACAUUUCCAGAAUAUUAUUGAUUUUAUAAUUAUUCCAAUUGAUUAGUUCUAAAUUUGCAGUACUUAUAACAUUGCAAAUGUAUUUGCGAAUUUAAAACUUUAAGGAGACGUCGAAGGUCCAAAAUGUAAAAAAAUCAAUUUUUAUUUCACUAGUUUAUUUCCAGGACGUUUUGAUGCUUAUUACAAUCUCAUUUUUUGAGUGCAAUUAUUGUGCCCGUCGAGAUUUUUUGGUGUUUGUUAAAGGAACAAUAGUAGACAACAAUGGAUCGUAAAAAAAUUGAAACAUUUUUUUAUGUACUAUAUUAAAAAACUAUAUAAAUCAAGUUUCUCAAGAUACCUUUUAAUUCCAUAGAAAAUUAAAAACAUUUUAAUUGGACUUGACUUUUGACCCAUUGACUUUUGACGUCAUAUUAAAGCAAUAAAAAAUUUAAUUAAUUUAUCUAAAUGAAUUUAAUAAAAUGAAUUGAAAUAAUUAUGUAAAAUGAAUCUUUUCACGUGUUCUGUUAACAAAAAUUAUCGUCGUUUGCAUGUAAAGAUAUAUUUUAAUACUUCCGUUCAAUUAGUGUAUGUACAUAGAAAUCACGUUGCUGUAAAUUGACUCAUGUUUUUAAAAGGUUCAAAGGAGAUAAAAAUUAUAAUAUUGUUUAUAAAAUUCAUGCUAAUGAAGUUUUAUUAGUCAUUUUCAAAGCCUUACUAAUACAUUAUUGGUGAACAAAAAAUUACGAUGCGACUGAUUGUUUGAUUGAGGGACAUAAAUAAUAUUCAUGCACAACAAACUAAAAAUACAAGAGUACUGUGAAGUAUAAGAAGCCCCCCUCACGUCCACAGAAGUUUGACUUCACCAAAUAGAAUUGAUCUUUUUGAUGAGUAAUUCGAAACAAUUUCAUGAAGCUAAGAUAUUAUUCAUUCAUUAUUGCAUUAUUAUUAUUGAUCGAGACUUUUUAAGAAUGGAUUAAGAUUAAGAACUGAUUAUUUUGACACAUCGAUCUUUUUACUUUGCCAAUAUCUUUUUCACUAUAUUUAUACGAAUUAAGCCGUCCUAAUAUCAUCACUCAGUCAAUAAAUAUUGAAGUUCAACAUUGUUUCCGAUUACUUGAGCAGUGAACUUUACACAAUGAGAGACGUUUCGAUACUAUUACUGCUUAUUGCAUGUUUAUUUAUCGAGGAAAAACAUGCUCUAGCAUUGAAUGGUGUUCCUCGUCGCAAUUCAAUAAGCAAAGCUAGUUGUGACUCUGGCGAUGAGCACACCCGGAUCGUCGAUGGCAAAGAAGCCCCGGACGGUGCUUUUCCUUACAUGGUCUCGCUAAGGAAAGAUCUGAAGCACAGAUGUGGUGGAUCCAUCAUUGCGAAUCGUUGGAUUCUCACUGCUGCUCACUGCAUAAAAGAGUAAAAGAGACUUCAUUCUGGAUCGAAUCAACUUGAUUCUGGUGGCCAAGCUUAUCAAUCAGUAAAACUCAUUGCUCAUCCAAAGUUCAGUAUGCAACUAGGAGUUAAGAAUGAUGUCGGUCUUAUUUUGGUGAACGAAACAAUCAAAUUGAGCGAUAAAGUCAAACCGAUUGGUUUACCGGAUAGUGACAUAGAUGAAAAUAACUAUCCUGCAGUUAUUUCUGGCUGGGGGAGACUCAGGGCAAACGGAGAAGUCCCAAACAAUUUGCAAUACAUGACGACCUGCCUUCUUUCUACAAGUUCUUGCUGGUGGAAAAUACCUUUCCUUGGCAAGGGAAAUAUUUGCACCUUCACAAAACGAGGCCAGGGAAACUGCAAUGGUGACUCUGGCAGUCCUUUGGUUUCCGACGACGUACAGGUGGGCAUCGUGUCAUUCGUAAUCAUGACCUGUGCAAUGGGAUUCCCGGAUGUAUACACAAGGGUUUGGACGUAUCGAGAUUGGAUUGAGGAGCAAAUGGUACAAUACAAUUCGUACAGUGUUGGCAACAUAUAAUUUGAGUAAAGUUAUCAACAUGAUAAGUGAUUGAUAUCUUCUUUGAGGUGUAAUAUUUUCAUUCGGAGGAAAAAUUAAAUAAAAAUUUCACUUUUCGAGCUCCUUUA